AUGGGCCGACUCGGCCGAGCCAACCUCGCAGUCGAGCGACCUCCCGACGACACAGGACUCCGCGUCCACCGCCAAGACGAAACCCCCUCCCUGACCCCGGGCAGCAGCGGCUCGACUCGAGCAUCCCGCACGACCCCGCGCCGCGUCGUCGCCCAGCCUACCCGCCUCGAGGUCGUCGAUGAUCCCCUCGGACCACUGGGCGGCGGUAGCGGCGGCAGCGAUACGGACAACGUCCUCACCCCCGGCAUCUCCGCGAGCAGCGGGCGCGGCGCGCUGGGCGAGGGCGUGCCUCCCGUCCCCCAAAAGGAGCACCAACCCCUCGCCAUGCGCACGACGAUGCAGCAGCAGAGUCAGCAGGGCCCCCUGUCGGGAGGCGGGCCCGGCGGCGCCCGAUCCGGAGGCCCGCGGGAUCCGCAUCGGAUCGACGACGAUGACGACGGCGAUGACGAUUUGCUGGGCCGGAGGUCGGGCGGUGCGAGGGCGCCACCGCCAGUGCAGGCGGCUAACCCGACGGUUCGGUCGAGCAACGCGCCGAGCGUGAGCGUUGAGCAGGCGUCCAAGCCGAGCUUCCAGAUCACCGUGGGCGACCCGCAUAAGGUGGGGGAUCUGACAUCCUCGCAUAUCGUAUACUCAGUGCGGACCAGGACCACAUCGAAAGGAUACAAGGAGCCCGAGUUCGAGGUCAAACGCCGUUAUAGGGACUUCCUGUGGCUGUACAACACUUUACACGGCAACUGCCCUGGCGUGGUUGUCCCCCGCCCCCGAUAA